AAUCACAGAAGUCUGUAAAAGAUGUAGUUAUUUGUUGUCUCACCUUGCCUAGAAAAACAAUCCCCACUCUGUAAAAAUGACUUCCCGAAAUUUAACGGAGGUGUUUGUUAUUAUGCGCAACAAUGCCAACAAAAAUCGCAGUCAUUACGUCGACGAACGGCGCGGCGGUGACGCAGAAAGGUUGUUGAAGCAUUCAGUGCGCGAAGUUGAAGAGGGUUUGGAACUUCAAGAUGACUACGGCACACCACCUGCGUGGCUCGACAAAUUCGAGGAGGCGCAGUACACAAUGUCCAAAAUCAAGCCAAAGCUCGAUGAACUGGGCUCGCUGCAUGCUCGACACCUGCUACGGCCCACAUUCGACGACGACCAAAGGGACGAUGAGUGCGAAAUAGAGGUGCUGAGUCAAAUCAUAUCGAAGCUCAUCAUGUCCACACAUAGGCACAUACAAUGCGUGCGUUCUAGCCUUGGUGUAGGCAGCAACGUGGAGCAGCGUCUGACGACCAAUGCAGUGCAAUGUGCGCUGCUGCAGCUGCAGGAGCUGACGUUUAAGUUCCGCAGCAGCCAGAACAGCUAUUUGGUGCAGAUGAAUUCACGAGAGGAGCGUUCCCAGAAAUACUUUGACAAUGGCGAAUUCACAAAUGUGGAACUUAGCGGUGUUGGCAGCUCCGGCGACAAUGAAAGCACUAAUUUUGUGGACACAUUCGACAACUUUCUGCAGCCGCUGGAAGGAGCAGGAGCUGCUGGAAACAAGGUCUAUUUGUUCGAAGAUGACGACCAACAGGAAAUUGAUGCAAAUUUCAAGAAACCAUUGGCCAAUCGCAUGACCCAACAGCAGUUAUUACUAUUCGAGGAGGAGAAUUCGCGUCUUGCCCAGCAUCGCGAGCAGGAGGUGAUGAAAAUCGUCAGAUCUAUUUACGAUCUCAACGACAUCUUCAAGGACCUCGGCCACAUGGUACAAGAACAAGGCACAGUUUUGGAUCGCAUCGACUACAAUGUAGAGCAGACGCAAACACGCGUCUCUGAGGGCCUUCGGCAACUGCAACGCGCCGAUAUGUAUCAGCGCAAGAAUCGCAAGAUGUGCAUUAUUCUUAUACUGGCUGUAGCCACAUUCCUCAUGCUGUUGCUACUGAUCUUCACGAAAUUGUGAGUGCACGUUUAAAGCUUUUUUGUUUGGAUGUUUAGUUCUAGAUAGUCAUUAAAAUUGUACGGUGUAUUUAUUUAUUAUUAUUAAAGUGUAAAAA